ACAGGAGCAACUGAGACAGGAGCACCUGAGACAGGAACACCUGAGACAGGAGCACCUGAGACAGGAACACCUGAGACAGGAACACCUGAGACAGGAGCACCUGAGACAGGACCACCUGAGACAGGAGCACCUGAGACAGGAACACCUGAGACAGGAACACCUGAGAAAGGAGCACCUGAGACAGGACCACCUGAGACAGGAACACCUGAGACAGGAGCACCUGAGACAGGACCACCUGAGACAGGAACACCUGAGACAGGACCACCUGAGACAGGAGCACCUGAGACAGGAACACCUGAGACAGGAACACCUGAGACAGGAACACCUGAGACAGGAGCACCUGAGACAGGAACACCUGAGACAGGAACACCUGAGACACCUGAGACACCUGAGACAGGACCACCUGGAGACAGGAACACCUGGAGACACCUGAGACAGGAGCACCUGAGACAGGACCACCUGAGACAGGAACACCUGAGACAGGAACACCUGAGACAGGAGCACCUGAGACAGGAGCACCUGAGACAGGACCACCUGAGACAGGAACACCUGAGACAGGAGCACCUGAGACAGGAGCACCUGAGACAGGACCACCUGAGACAGGAACACCUGAGACAGGACCACCUGAGACAGGAGCACCUGAGACAGGACCACCUGAGACAGGACCACCUGAGACAGGACCACCUGAGACAGGAGCACCUGAGACAGGAACACCUGAGACAGGACCACCUGAGACAGGAGCACCUGAGACAGGAGCACCUGAGACAGGAACACCUGAGACAGGACCACCUGAGACAGGAGGGCUAG